AUCACAUGAAUUUCUCGGUUGAAUCAACGUGUUCGUACUAUUUAAUUUAAUAAUCGUAAAAGUGUAGUAAAGUGGUUCAUCAGUUCAAAUUAUAAAAUUUUAUUCUUAUAUUCAAUGCAUAUGUGUAAAUUAUAAACAUUAGCAGUGUAAGUUACUAGUUAAAAGAUAAAAAACUAUUUAGAGGAAAAAAAUAACACAUUGGUAAAAUUUUAAUUGAUAGGUUAUCUUAACCCAUCAAUAUCAUUAUUUUAUGAUGGCAGAAUCUAGUGGAGAUGCUAUUCCAAUCCAAAAUUAUCAGGAAGAUGUUGUAGUUGUUCCAAUCGAUGUUCAUCAACGUCAUAAUUGUCAAGUCAGUCAGAUUUUUGAUCCAGACAAGGCAUUAAAAAUUGCAGAAGCGCAGCCAAACAAUCUUAUUCCUAAAAAAACGCGAACUGAAUAUUUUCGAGAGUACAAAGCUCGGAAAAGAAUUCGCAUUCAAUCCACUAGUGACACUCCUUCAAUUGCCCUUAAAAAAGGUGAUACUUUAAAUGCUGGUGGUAAUUUAAAUAAUCCGUUUGAAUUUGUUGCAUUACCUUGUCGAGACAUCAAUACGACACGUAGAAAAAACAAUGCUGAGUAUAUGCGAGAGUACAGAGCCCGGCAAAAAAUUCGCCGUCAAUUAACUAAUGGUACUUCUUCAGGUGUCCAUCAAAAAGAUAAUGUUUUACAAGCUGAUGACAUUUUGAGUAAUCCGUUUGAAUUUGUCGGAUUACCUUGUCGAAACGUCAGAGUGCAACGUAGAAAAUCAACAGCUGAGUAUAUGCGAGUGUACAGAGCUCGGAAGAAAAUUUGCAUUCAAUCCACUAGUGAUACUCCUUCAUUUGUCAUUAAAGAAGAUAGUAUUUUACAAGCUGAUAAUGAUUUAAAUAAUCCGAUUGAAGGUGUCAAAUCACCUUGUCAAGACAUUAAAGCCCUACGUAGAAAAACACUGGCUAUGUAUAUGCGAGAAUACAGAGCCCGAAAAAAAAAUCUUAAUCAAUCAACCAGUGAUCCUUUAGUUAUCCCUCAACAAGAAAAUGAUAUUUUACAAGCUGAUGAUUCAAAUAAUGUACAUAAAUUUGUUGAAUUACCUAAGCCCAACUCCAAAGUGACACGUAGGAAAAUGCGAACUGAGUAUAUGCGAGGGUACAGAGCCCAGAAAAAAAUUUGCAUUCAACCCAUGAGUGAUACUUCUUCAGUUGCCCAUCUUCAAGAAGAUGAUAUUAGCUCUCAAACUUGUGAUGACCCAAGUAAUGCGCAUGAAUUAGUCGAAUUAUCUGACCAAGACAUCAACGCAGUACGUCAGAAAAGAGCAACUGAGAGUAUGCGAGAACACAUUCCCGUUAAAUUAGAACCAUUUCAAGAAUCGCAAAAUCAAGUACCAUAUCUUGACGAGAGUGAAAAUGCUACUCUGUUAUUUAACAGCGAUUUUCACCGUCAUCAGCUUGCUCAUGAAGAAAUAAAAAUGGAAUUUGUGGAAAAUCCAUUUAAUGGCGUUUGUUCAGCUUGUAACGGACUAUGCUUUAAAUAUGAUUUACAACCUCCAUCUUCCGAACAUGAAGAUAUUUUGAAAAUUAUAGUUCCACAUCUUGAUAAAGAUGAUAUUUUAAUAUGUAAUACAUGCAGACAAUCUUUGGACACGAAAAACAUUCGAACCAUGGCUGUUUAUAACGGAUUCGAAUUUCCACGGAAACUUGAACAUUUACCCUCGUUAGACUUAAUUUCAGAAAGAUUGAUUUCUCCACGAAUUCCAUUCAUGCAAAUACGACGACUGAGGCAAGUUAAUGGUCAAUAUGUCAUUCAUGGUCAAGUAAUUAAUGUUUCCGAUUGUAUCUAUACGAUGGUCAAUAGUCUCCUUAAAAAUAUUGCUGAUGAUCACUGUAUCAAUGUGGAUGUUAAACGAAAAAAAAUUUAUAAGUCGAGUUAUUUACACGGUAUAGUCAACAAAGGUACCAUAAAACUUUGGUUGAAAUUUUUAGUGAAAUCUCCACGUUAUACUACGUAUUAUAUAAAAAUUGAUCAGUUUUCUUUCGAUGGUGUUAACCUUGAACCAAAAUCUUAUAACUCAUGCUGUAGAUUUAAAAGAUAGACCAAUAACAAUGAUACUUUUUGUGAAUGUAUAUAAUAAAAUAAUUUUGAAUCAUGAUUUAAAAUAGGAAUU